CCACAUCCCUUAUUCACUGACCCGCGGGUCAAAAGAUGCGGCGGGAUCUUUUUCUGCGCCUACGCUCUCUUGCAGCUCUCCACUCCAAAACCCUUAGCUGCUCCCCAAACCCUUCCUCUCUCCACCAGCUUCAUCGAUCCUUGCAGCAUGAAAUCCGUCCUCACUCUUCGGUUUCCCUCCGUUUUAUAAACCCUUUUCCUCUACUCUCCCGCGCAAUCUCCUCCACUUCUUCAAGUCCUGCUAACAUUGUUCAUAUUGGAUCUGAGGAAGGUUUUAAUGAGGCGCUUAAGAAGGCUCAGGAUGAGAAAUUGCCGUCGAUUUUCUACUUCACGGCCGCCUGGUGUGGACCGUGUAAGCUUUUGGAAUUUUACUUGUGUCGA